AGACUAUGAAGCUCUAUAUAAAGAAACUAUUUGCCGUAAAUGUCUAAAAGAACCUAAGAUCUUCAAACACCUCAUAGUAUGUUUAGCAGACCUAAAACUUUGGAGUACUAAAGAAGCUACUAUAGUACAAGAGAUCUGGAGCUCUUUAGAAAAAGAAGAACAAGAUAAAAUAGAAAAACU